AUGCGUUCUUGCAAUGAUCAAAGUUCUUGUCAGAUCCGUUCACCAAACAAUGUAAAUUAUGUUUGCAUAAAACGCAAAUUUGAAAGAUCAACAUGCACUCAAUUGAAACCUAGCAAUCCAAGUGUUACUCAAACUGGCUGCUACAUUGGGAAAAAUAUGCGACAUUUUCAAAUCAGUCUUCCAAAAUAUGUCACAUUUACGGUUUCAAGUUUGGAUCAUGGAAACAAUUCUUCAUCAAAGGAAACACCAAAGAACUGUUUACCUGUUGAUAAAGUGAUCAUCAUUUUGGUGGCUAUUGUGAUUGUUUUGAUGAUGAUUAAUAUCGUGCUGGUAGCUUUCAUCUUUUACAGACAGAAAGCAAACAAGACCACAAAAGCUGUAACUACCAAUAGCACCUUUUUUCUCUUUCACUCAUUUUCUUCUUUUAUUUUCUCUUUCAUCUUAUUUCCUUCGCUUAUUUCUCGUUUUCUUUUUCACUUGUUUUCAUCGCUUAUUUUCUUUCUCUUAUAUUCUCCUUCACUUUUCUCUUUCACUCAUUUUCUUCUCCUAUUUUUCUCUUUUUCUCCCUCACCUAUUUUCUCUUUCACUCAUUUUCUUCUAUUUUCUAUCUCACUUACCUUCUCUUAUUUUCUCUUCCAUUUAAUUUUCUUCUCAUAUUUUUCCCGAAGAAAUAAAUGUAUCUUUUCUUCCCCAAAUCCUAAAGAAUAUUUAAUUUUAUUUUUCUUGUCAGAUGAAAGAUUUAUAAAAACCGCAAAUGGACCGAAAACAAUUCAUUGUGAUCACAAUUCUUUCUUUUUCACAAAUGCUACAAAAUACAUGCGUUCUUGUAAUGAUCAAAGUUCUUGUCAGAUCCGUUCACGCCAUUAUGUAAAUUAUGUUUGCAUAAAACGAAAAUUUGAAAAAUCAACCUGCACUCAAUUGACACAUCACAAUCCAAAUGUUAAUCAAACUGGCUGCUACAUUGGGAAUUUUACUCGAACUUUUGAAAUCAGUCUUCCAAAAACUGGCAGUAAAAUAUUCCAUGUUUUUGUACUUUAUAAACACUUUUUUUCUCUUUCACUCAUUUUCUUCUUUUAUUUUCUCGUUCGCUUAUUUCCUUCGCUUAUUUCUCGUUUUCUUUUCACUUGUUUUCAUCGCUUAUCUUCUUCUUUUAUAUUCUCUUUCACUUUUCUCUUUCCUCAUUUUCUUCUCCUAUUUUCUCUCUCAACAAACCUUUUCUCUUAUUUUCUCUUUCAUUCUUUAUUCUAUUUUUUUCUUUCGUUCAUUUUCUUCUCUUUUUUUCUCCUUCACUUAUUUUCUCUUCCUCUUCUUUUAUUUUCUCUUUCACUUAUUUUCUUCUUUUAUUUCUUCCUUCAUUCAUUUUUUCUCUUUUUCUCCCUCACUUUUUUCUCUUUCACUCAUUUUCUUCUAUUUUCUCUCUCACUUACUUUCUCUUAUUUUCUCCUUCAUUUAAUUUUCUUCUCUUAUUUUUCCCGAAGAAAUAAAUUUAUCUUUCCUUCUCCAAAUCCUAAAGAAUAUUUUAUUUUAUUUUUCUUGUCAGAUGAAAGAUUUAUAAAAACCGCAAAUGGACCGAAAACAAUUCAUUGUGAUCAGAAUUCUUUCUUUUUCACAAAUGAUACAAAAUACAUGCGUUCUUGUAAUGAUCAAAGUUCUUGUCAGAUCCGUUCACGCCAUUAUGUAAAUUAUGUUUGCAUAAAACGAAAAUUUGAAAAAUCAACCUGCACUCAAUUGACACGUCACAAUCCAAAUUAUGUUCUCUAUGCGGAUAAAUCGAAUAAGAAUAUUAUGUUGCCGUGUUCUGCAUUUUGCUAUUAUAAAUGCAGAUCUCCAUGUCGAAUUAUUAUCGAUGAAGAUUCUAGGAUCCUUUUUAAAGUUUCCGACAAAAGUGAAGAAGAUUUCAGAGAAUUCUUCAUGGAAGAUAAUCCCAAGACAACAUUUGAGAGAAAAGAUGAAGCAUUUACAGUUUCAAGUUUGGAUCAUGGAAACAAUUCUUCAUCAAAGGAAACACCAAAGAACUGUUUACCUGUUCAUAAAGUGAUCAUCAUUUUGGUGGCUGUUGUGAUUGUUUUGUUGAUGAUUAAUAUCGCGCUGGUAGCUUUCAUCUUUUACAGACAGAAAGCAAACAAGACCACAAAAUCUGUAACUGCCAAAAGCACGUAUGAAAUUCCGUUGAAUGAAAAUGAUGCAAACGACUUAAAUACUUAUGAAAACCUAAACUGA